AUGAUUUUAACAGAUCAACCGGUUUAUAAAACAUCUAUAGUAAAUUACUUGUCUUUACAUAUAUAUAAUUAUGUGAUCGAAUGUUUACUGGUAAUCGAAUUCCUUACCGUUGUAAGAUGCAUCAAAUCGGAAUUUCGACGGGCGAACGAACUCCUUAGUGACGAAAACAUUCUACCAAUUUCUUCCAUUACUUUGAAUUAUGAAUUAAUUGAACACAAAGGAAUCGAGGAUUCAUUUUCUACAGAACGAAGUUUUCUUGUUGAUUCGAAAAAAUUAUUUAUCAUGGCUCCUUCAUUACGCCAAACGCAAUCACGUUUGCAAAUUACGAGACACAAAAUAAAUAGAAUUAGAAAAUUGUUACGAACGAUCAGGCAGAUUCAUCUGGAAUUAUACAGAGUAUCGAAAAGUAUCGGUAAUGUGUACGGCAUACAGAUAUCUCUAGAAAUUGCGAUUUGUGUUUUGCGAAAUACGUAUGUGUUAUACUACACUUAUGUGUUCUAUCAAAAAGAAAGGUACAAUAUUGAUAAAAUGUCUGUUCAAUUCAUUAUAACGAUUUUGUAUUGUUUACAAUAUUCGAUGAAGAUUUUUGCUGUUAAUUACAUCUGUGACAAAACAACGAAAGAGGCUGAACAUACCAGCGAAAUUAUUCAUACAUUUUAUGGUAAUAAUACGGACAUUGAGAUAAGAAAAGAGGUAGAAAUAUUUUCUUUGCAAAUGAUGCAAGGUAAUAUCGUAUAUUCCGCAUUCGGACUAUAUAAUCUUAAUUGCAAACACAUUUGUUCGUGUAUCGGCAUUAUAACGACAUACAUGGUGAUUAUGAUACAAGUAACCGAUUCAGUAAAAACUGAAUCAUAA